AUUUUGUUUUAUCUAAGAGGCUGCCGGCUGGUGAGCUGGUCGCCAUAUUGGUGGCGGAUUGAAAUAAUUAGCUCUACUCUAAAAUAGUCGUCGUAAUCGACGAAAGGGGGUAUUCAAUACUCCCUUUUUGUGUUGAAGUUUUAUUGUUUUUCGAUUAACUUCUGUGUUACAAAUAAUUUCUGAGAAAAAUACUAUUUUUUCUUUGUUUUGAAUUAAAAACAUGGCUUUCUAAAAUGUCGGCCCUGAACGUAAGAUUUUCGUCUCCUUGCGGAGUAUCCCGCUCAAUUGUGGAUGUUGGAAGAAACCAGAAUGGACAAGAAAUCUUCAAAUCGUACUACUUUACAACAGUCGAGGGCAUCAGCCAUCGACUGUAAAAAAAACACGGAACUAACCCAUAAACCUUGGCCAAGAAAUAAUAAGAAACGUGAAGGACCAGGAGCUACUCUUAAAAAUGACCCUUACCGGAAGAAUGUUCAAUCACAGAGAGGUAGAGGUCAAAUGGAUAAAAGACCAUGUGCUCGUGGUACUACCAAUUUCAUUGUGGGUGGAACGCAGAACACCAGGCUAGAAGAUGAAGAAGGACCUGAAAUAGGUUCAGUGUUUAUACCUGGGAGCAAAAAACAAAACUUGAACCAUUUGCUUAACUUCAAGUACCCUUCAAGGAGCGGUACUGAUAUCAGAAGCGUAGCACCACGUCGGCAAGCCCAACAUGUCUCUUAUAGACAUGAACAUGACCUCUAUCUGCGGGCUUAUUGCCAAUUUGUGGUCAAGGAAGAUGGUGACUAUAAGGUGAAUUUAAUGGAUCCUGACUUGCCUUUGAAGUGGGAACAAAUUGAGGAAAUUAUAGUGAGAAGCACUGGUAAAUUGGAAUGUCCUAUAUGUCUUGGUACACCUGUAGCCGGCCGCGUCGGUCACUGUGGUCAUGUUUACUGCUGGGCUUGCAUACUUCAUUACAGCAGUACCCAUGAUAAACAACCCCCACCAUGCCCAGUAUGUGCUAUGGGCCUGCAAGUUAGUGAAAUGAAGCCAACUCAUAUGGUGCAGUGGGAACAGCCGGCUGAAGAGGUAAAUAUGCGUCUCGUGAGACGUCUUCGUGGCUCCACUGUCGUUGAAGCAUCACCUCCCAGAGGACAAAUGAAAGAGACCUCUGAAACACAUAUAUUACCAUUAAAAGAUCUUCCCAACUAUCCAUUUGCUAAACUGUUCUCAGCAUCAAAGCGAGAGGUUCUGGACAUUCUGGAAAGAGACAGGAAACAGAUUGAAAUGCAAAUACUAGCUGAGAUUGACACUACAGAAAUAAUUUAUCUGGAACAAGCUCUAGAAAUGCUUAAAUUGAAAGAGAAAAAUAUUUCCUUACAAUAUGAAGAACACAAAGACGAUAACAGAAACGCUGCGCAAUCUUCAGCGCCUGUGGUGUAUGAAAAACAAACAGUCAAUGAGACAAAACUGGAUUGGUUUGAUGUGACCGACGAGGGAGCCACAUGCUUAACACCCAUACAAGAUAACAUGGCCAACUUAGAUAUUAAUGUGAAAUCUGAAUUAGACCCAGAAGCUGAGAUAUUUACAUUAGACGUCAAUGAAAACGCUGAUACCGAUUUUGCAAACACUGAAUAUAUGACUGAUGAUCAAUAUAUUAACAAUGAUUUGAAAUCAUUCGACAAAGAAAAUCAAGCUAAAUAUUUUUAUUUCUAUCAAGCUGAAGAUGGGCAGCAAGUAUUUCUCAACAGUCUCAAUGUACGUAUUCUGAACGCGUCUUGGGGUGUUCUGGCGGCCGCGCCCAACGUUAUACGGGGCCGUGUUUUACAUCGCGAAACCCUACCUCUAUGUGAACAGACAAGGAAGCAUAUGCCCCACACAGCGCAUUUGCCUCUGCAUUGUUCAUUUGAUAUUGUGGAACUUGAUCUAAAACCACCUUUUGUGACACAGGAAGCUCUUUACAACUUUUCAGUUGAAUUAGAAAAACGUGCACGACAGCGCGCCAAAAACCAACGCGAUGAACGUCGUCGUGAACGGGCGUAUCGACGAGCUAUGGAGGGCCCCCCAAAACCAGAUUUCUCAUCUGAAGUGGUCUUCCCUCCAGCUGCGGCCAGUUACUACGGGAGUCCUCCGCAAAAUGAAUUCUUAAAUUAUGAUCAGAUAUCUCCACCAUCCACCUCACAAAACGAUCAAGCAAGCCCGACUACUCAUCUUACUUCACCAUCGGGAUUAUCUUUUGCCAAAAUGGCCGGCGCUGGUGGAACAUGGCGUGUCCGCAAGACGACUCCGCCUACACCGACGACUCCACCUCCCGAGGAAUGCUCUGGACCACGGACUCUUGUGCUCAGCGAUGCCAUAGAGGCAGCCCUACUGGCCACCAGCCCCCAGACAUCCGGCAAGAAGAAGAAAACUAAACAAAAAGUUCUAUUCACCACUGGCAUGCACCGCGCUGCUUAAUGCUAUUUUCGUGCCUAUCAUAUGUAGAAGUCACAUGUAUUAACUUUUUGACAUAGCCAAUGUUCUGUUUUUAAUUGUGCACUUGUCUGUGUUUUUUUUUUUUAACAAAAUUAAGUAAAAGGAAUAUUGUAUUAAUUGUUGAAGUGUUACUAAUGUUUGGACUGUAGUAUAAAUAUAUGUUUGACCUACAAGGUAACCAUUUGUUCUAAAAUACGUAUGUCAUUAUUCAUCUAUAUUUUAAUAAAGCGAACAUACUUUA